AGUUGUCAUUAUUUUAUUUAUUUAUUUGUUUAUUAUUAUUAUUUUUCUUUUUUGAACAGCAAUCGAAUUGUGUUUAUUGAGUUGGGCUGCUUUUGAAAAUAACAACAUAAUUACUUUUCGGCUCCAUUGAUGUUCGUAGACAAAUGUUUCAAGGGAUCUUUUAUUGCCUAAAAAAGUAUGUAGAUAUAUAUUUUUUUCAUGUGACUUGCCCUACCAAACAAUAAAUAUAUUUUCUAUUUUUAUAUUAAAAAGGGUAUAAAAUGGUAUGACAUAAAGAGAUAAUCGACCUUCUUUUUCACUGCUUAAAAAAUCAAAUCAAAAUGACAUAAUAAAUAUAUAUAUAUAAAGAAAAAGGAAACUUAAUUAUAGCAUUUGAACAAAUGUUAACCGACUUGUUGAAUAACAAAAAGAGCCACACUUGGGACGAAAGAAAGAGCUGAAAAUUAUGAAAUUGACAUGGAAGAAUCAAACCAAGAACAAGAACAAGAACAAUAAGCGCCCAAUCGCAACCAUCUCUGACCUCCCAUUUGAUCAGGAAGAAGAUACAGUCGCUACGUUCGCCGCCGACGACACCAGCCAAGAUAGAUGUAAAGCUGGAGAGGAUGGUAGUGUCGGGACGUCUACACCGGGUUCGAAUGUUGACGAGACGAUCCAACUUGCCGAAUCCUUUCAAGCACAAGGGAACAAGCUUGCGGAGGUCGGAAAAUACCGUGAAGCACUUGGAAAAUGGGAAUCUGCUAUCACUUUGAUGCCUGAGAAAGCCACUUUACACGAGCAAAAGGCUCAAGUUUUACUUGAAAUCGGAGAAACAUGGAAGUCUCUAAUGGCAGCAACUCGUGCCACCCGAUUGGAGCCUUCAUGGGCUGAGGCAUGGGUCACCCUUGGAAGAGCACAACUGAACUUUGGGGAGCCUGAUAGUGCCAUAGAAAGCUUUGACACAGCAUUAGCUAUUAAGCCUGAUUCUGUAGAGGCAAAGGAGGAUAGGAAAGCAGCAUUACAUCUUGUGAAGAAAAGAAAACAGCUUCAUUCUUCAGGCCUCAGUGUCUCUGAAAACCGCUUUGUGGUUGGAGAGGAAACCCAUGAACAACGUAUAUGAAUUAUCAAAGGCUUGCCAAAUAAUAUCUCUAGUUUAAUAAUGUUAUAAUUGUAGCUUCAGUUGUGUUGUGAGUUGUAAUAUAUAUACUACUUAUUCGGGCCGUGAUUUAUUUAGUAAACUCUUUUCAUAAGCUUCUUGUUGCUUUCUUAGUUUUUCCUUUUCAUGAUUUAUUUAUCCAUGUCCAACUCUCAUAGAUUCCAAGGCGUUUUAUGGGUCUAUAUAAGCUUUCACCUGCAAAAAUGAGUUGCCGAGCACCCACUGCUGCUUCCCUAGUUUACAAGGAUAUGGGGAUGGGGUUUGCCGGCCGAUCAUGUUAAGAUAUGAAAGUCCUUUGCCUUUUCAUGCAUAUACCAACAAUUCUUCUUUCAUGACCAUUUCAUUAGAAACUUUUUGUAGUUGUCGCACUCUGCCUCUGCUUGUUUCCAACUCUCUGUAAGGAGUUAUCCACCAGCAAAAGAACCAUGUUAUAUGUGACAUCCGCAAAAUCUCGGCCAGAAAAGAGCUGAUUUUCAUUUAUGCUUUUAAAAUAAU